AUGUAUACUCAAUACAAGCUAUUGGAUUUGUUGGAGGGAAAGGAGAAGAUGCCGGAGGCCGCGGAGCUGAAAGGAGCGUGGAUGAAGCGAUCGUUCGAUGCGUACAUGCUCAUGGUGCAAGCGUCAUGGUCUGCCCUAGCGAUCAACCUCAACUCCCAACAACCCCAAUGGAGCGUGGAUUACAUUCGCGCGCGUAUCCUAGAGGAGGACCUGCGGCGGCGGAGUGUGGAGCGCUCGGAGGAGGGGGCUGGCUAUGGAGUUGGAGGUGGAAAGAGUGGCUUCAAGAAGAAGUGGAAGGGCAAGAACAAGGAUAACCCUAAGGAGGAUGGCGGCGGGGGUCAAGGGGAGGUGUGCUUCUACUGCAAGAAGCGCCGACAUCGUUGGCGGAAGUGCUACCAACGACCCAACGAUUGGACCCCGCCUUCAUCAGGCAACCAGCGUGGUGGCACGAGGAGUGGGGGAGUCAUGGGAGCUAGUGGAGAGGAGAAGGAUGAGGAGAAAGGCGGCAAAUCUGAGCUGCACCUUGAGGAUCUCCCUGGGUCAGAGCUGUCCAGUGACCACAGUGGCGGUGGUGAGCAGCAAGGCGCUGGUUCUGCUGCGGAGGAGGGGUUGGCGGAUGAGUCGGCACGUGUGGACUCACCAUCUCAGCCCGAGCCUGCUGCAAACGCCAAGGUCACCAAGAGGAGUGUGCAGAGAGGAGCUUCACCACAUGGGCAGCAGAUUGCAACCCGCGAGAAAAGAGUGGCAGCAGCACCCUCAAGGCUGAAGUAUAGCCGUUUGGGAGGACCCAAGCAAUGUGCCAUGGCAAUUCAGACGGAUGAGGGAGAGGAUGAGGAGAUGGCGUUCUGUUUCUUCACACCCUGGCCAGAGUUGUGCAACGGCCCACUGUGGAGCAGUUGGAGGUGGCAAAGCGCUUGGUGCGCUACCUUGGAUCAACGGCAUCUGCUGGUGUUCAGUUUUCAGUUGGCGGCCAGCUGA